AUGUCAGAGCCUUUCCACGUCCUGGUUUUCAGCAAGACGGCAGGUUAUCGUCAUGAAUCAAUCCCAGCUGCCGUAUCAAGUUGGAAGCGAUUAGCCCAAGCAAGCCGACAUCCCAACAGUACCUCGCCCGCUUUCACAGUUGAAGCAAGCGAAGAUGCCUCCAUUUUCAAUCCGGAAAAACUAUCAACGUUUCGAGUGAUUGUUUUACAGCAUGUAUCAGGGGACUUUCACGACAGCACCCAGCUAGACGCUCUCAAGGGAUUUGUCCGGGCGGGCGGGGGUGUCGUUGGAAUGCAUACCGCCACGACGGGAAUGCCUUCCUGCGGCGCCGACUGCGUGGACAAAGAAGGAUGGUAUGAGAAACUCAUCGGUGGUUCUUUUGACGGCCAUCCAAAGCCGCAGGAUGGAAUCAUCAAGGCGGAGAGUUUAUCGCAUCCAAUUUUGACCCGAGGGAUGCACGGUCAAGGCGACGGGCUCAAUACGUUUCAACAGUCAACCAUGACUCGACACUGGUUUGAUGAAUGGUAUAACUUCAAGAAACCACCGCAACAGAAUCCAAACCUCGAAGUUCUUCUGACUGUUGAUGAAAAAACUUAUGAGGGUGGCACACUUGGCGACAGCCACCCGAUCAUCUGGUGCCAGGAGUUUGAAGGUGGUAGGGUGUUUCAGACGGCGCUGGGCCAUUUUGAUGCAGCAUAUGAAGAUGAUGUGUUUAUGGGUCAAGCAUUAAGUGGCCUGCUUUGGGCUGCUAGACUGAUAUAA